GUCUCUGGGAAGGACUUAGAUUGUUUGUCCAGAUGCUCACAAGCCUGGAGUGUGACAAGCGGAGGAACCGGUAAUCAUACGGCUCUUUGGCCAUAAGGACAACAAAGGAACCUCAGAGAUGCAGACCCUGGCAGCAUUCCAGAACCUGGCACUCCUCUCUUGCUUCCAUUCAUAGCAAGAUCUACUUCAGAGGAAUCUUGCAAUCUGUAUUCAGGACAAAGAUGAAGAAUGAUUUGUGGAAUUGGCAAGAACCAUAAACUGUUCUGAAAGGCUUGAGUGGGGACUUUCUUCUGGGAAGCUGGCAACAAAAGGAUGAGAUAAUAUGUGUGUUCCAUGGAAAGAUAAACUGAUGCUUCUGAACCCAAAGAGCAAGUAGUAAGGUAGUUUCUGGCUACAGAACAUACUUUGUAAAACAGGACCCUGAAAGCCAAAGAAUCAUGGUGUCCUGGAAAGGGAUUUACUUUAUACUCAUUCUUUUUUGUGGAAGCUUUUUUGGCAGCAUUUUCAUGCUGGGUCCCUUUUUACCUUUGAUGUUUGUAAACCCAUCUUGGUAUCGCUGGAUCAACAACCGCCUUGUUGCCACCUGGCUCACACUUCCAGCGGCAUUGUUGGAGACCAUGUUUGGUGUAAAAGUGGUUAUAACAGGUGACGCGUUUGUCCCUGGAGAAAGAAGUGUUAUUAUCAUGAACCACCGGACAAGAAUGGAUUGGAUGUUUCUAUGGAAUUGUCUGAUGAGAUACAGCUACCUCAGAUUGGAGAAAAUUUGCCUCAAAGCCAGUCUCAAAAGUGUUCCUGGAUUUGGUUGGGCCAUGCAGGCUGCUGCCUAUAUCUUCAUUCAUAGGAAGUGGAAGGAUGACAAGAACCACUUUGAAGACAUGAUUGAUUAUUUUUGUGAUAUUGGUGAACCACUUCAACUCCUCAUAUUCCCAGAAGGGACUGAUCUCACAGAAAAUAGCAAGGCUAGAAGUAAUGAUUUUGCUGAAAAGAAUGGACUUCAAAAAUAUGAAUAUGUCAUACAUCCAAGAACUACAGGCUUCACUUUUGUGGUAGACCGUUUAAGAGCAGGUAAGAACCUUGAUGCUGUCCACGACAUCACCGUGGCAUAUCCUCACAACAUUCCUCAAACCGAGAAGCACCUCCUCCAUGGAAACUUCCCCAAGGAAAUCCACUUUCACGUCCACCGCUAUCCCAUAGAUGCCCUCCCCACGUCCAAGGAUGACCUGCAGCUCUGGUGCCACAAGCGGUGGGAGGAGAAGGAAGAAAGGCUGCGUUCCUUCUACCAAGGGGAGAAGAACUUUUAUUUUACUGGACAGAGUGUAAUCCCACCUUGCAAGUCUGAGCUCAGGGUCUUUGUGGUCAAACUGCUGUCCAUCCUGUAUUGGACCCUGUUCAGCCCUGCCAUGUGCCUGCUCAUAUAUCUGUAUAGUCUUGUUCGGUGGUACUUUAUAAUCACCAUUAUAGUCUUUGUACUACAAGAGAGGAUAUUUGGUGGACUGGAAAUUAUUGAACUUGCAUGCUACCGUUUUUUACAUAAGCAGUCACAUUUAAACUCAAAGAAAAGUGAGUAAGAUGGGUAAGGUUCACAGCAUAAAACUUAGGAGAUAUUUUGGAAAUGUUCUAAGUCUUUGUAAACUAAGAUGCAUUUUUGCAUGACUAUGUGAAAUAUUUCUUAAUGUCAUUAUUUGUUAAAGAUAUUUUGCACUUAAUUUUGUGGAAAAAAUAUUGCUACAAUUUUUUUUAAACCUCUGAAUGUACUUUCAAUGCUGCAUACAUAGCAGGAAUCAAUUGCUGUGAGAUAACUCGGGCCUGAAUAUCACACAGUCAUCAGGCUGUUAACAGGCAAAGUACACACAAAUUUUCCCGAAAGGCCCAGCCCUCUUUCCUAACUGACUCCCCAGACCAGAGGAAGGUCCAGCUCCUGAGCACUGGCCCGACACGCAUGCGUCUAUGACUGCCUGCCCACCCCGCGGGCGAGCACGCUUCCUCCAGGUGUGCAGGCAGACGGUGCCCAGGCUUCCUCUGAGCUCUGUCCCAUCCUUUCCGCACCUGCCAAAGCCAUCCCAUCCUUCCUCCAGGCCAGAAUGCAGAACUUGCUGGUCCCUAACUGAGCGAGCAUUUUGAUAGGAAGCCCUAUUUAUCAUAGUAUCUUGUGCUGACCUGUGUGCCUUUCCUCUCAUGGAAAUCACACCUGCACACGUCUCAGGGAGCAACCACGGGCUCUCCACUUUGAAGCCUUCAUUUAAAUUUUAAAAGAUAGGAAUUAACUGAGAUCAAGUUUUUCACUAAUGCUCAGUUGCGCAUGUUUAGUGCUGGGGUCCUUACAACUUGUUGGCAGAUGAUGACGCUUUUUUUCUUAAAAAUAGUAAACAGGCAGUCACAUACCUUUUUAAAGGCACACUUAACAUUCUGUUGGUGUAGACGCAGACUGUCUUGUAAAAUAUAUUUAUUUAAAACCUACCCCAAAAGGAAGGCUGUGUUUUCCACGUAUGCAUGGAGAUCUAGCUUCUGCCAUUAAAAUAACAAAAAUGUUUGCAGACAGGGCAAUGAUGGUGUAUUCUAAAGUAUUCAACCCUUGUAGCCUUGAUAAAUUUUACUUUUAAAACCAAAAUAACACAAAAGGAAUUCUUUUCAGUGAUAGCAAGAAGCCUCUCCUGCUCCAACCACAGGCUUCCUCUCUCAAGAGUAAUGUUUAAACCUACUUUUCACCAGCUCGACUAAAUAUUUUUGUCAUUUGCAGUCACUGGAAAAUUCGGCAAACCAACGGCACCAGUCUCCUUCUGAGGCAAAGAAGCGUGUUGUCAUUAUUUCCACUCCAUUGGAGCUGUGUGCCCCCCGCCCGUGUUGUUCUGUUUUUGUUUUUCCUGGUCUUGUAGUAGGGAUAGUGGUCCAAGCUGCUGAAAGUGGAAGACAAUUAAAAACCUUUAGCUGUUAGAAAAUGCAGUAGCUUUAUGUACUCUUGGGGCAUGAAUGCCUUCUCUUCAAUGCUUGACAGUGACUAUAAACUAACAGUUGAAUCAUGUGUUGCAGUGAAACGUAAAGACAUGGUGAGCUGUACUUAGGUGCUUUGAGAAAGCCUUUGUUGGGGCAGAACACCAGUGACACAUGGCUUUUGUUGGGAGAGUAUUAACUAGUCCCUCUGCUGCUCUGCACCAACCCAUACUUAACUACUUCUUCAGAGCUGUUUUCAAUCCUGCUGGGAGCUUACCAAUUAGUUACUAUGCACAUCUGCUCCCAACCCAGCUGUUUAACUUCAUGGCUUUUGAAGAUACUCUUUUUAAGAAACAACAAACAUUUUUCCCUUCCCUUUAUGAAAGAGGCUUCUGGUUUAAGUUUCUCUUAAGACUUCCUUGGGUUAUUUUUAAACACGGAAAUGGUUUGUACGACUAGGAUUGCAUUUGUCCCAAGUAAAAAAGAAAAACUGCUUUUUACCCUAAAGGUGAGUGGAACAGCGCUCCUGCCCGUCCUACAAACUCACCCGGCUCAUUAGUCAUUUAACUUGUGCUGAAUUGAGUGGCGUUUAAUUCUGAUACCUUUAAAUGGAAAACUCUUUAAUAGCAGCAAACAAGUUUAAAAUAAACUAUAGGUUUUAUUUUACCUACCCAAAAUUUAUAAUUAUAAGUAAAACUGGGAAUGUAGGCAUUGCACUUGUUUCUAAAAUUAGAAAUAAGUCCCCUUUGACAAUAAGGCUUAUUAAAAAUUAUAAAUUGUAGUUAUGUACACAUUUAGCUGCAUGAAAGUCCACUUUUUUAUUUAAAGAAAUAUGUUAAUGGAGUAUAGAAUAUUUUGAAUUGAUACUAAAAUGUCAAGUAUAAAUUAAAGUUGCUUUAGUAAUUGUGAAGGGCCUCAGAAAUCGCGCACUAUGCCUGCCACCACAGCACCUGGGCUCAGAGCAGCCGCCAGCCUUGCUGCAGCAGAGCCAUGCUCCUACACACUGCACUUGCCAUCCUCUGAAGGUUACAUGUUCUCCAGUUGCCACAUUUCCCCUUCUGAAAAGUUUUAAGUAUAGCAAAUGUGGGCUACUCAUAGCAAGAGCCAUUAUACUUAAAAUCUGAACCUACAAGGGGAGUGCUGGCAAGGUAACAGUUCUUACCCCAGACUUCUCUUAUGAAACAGGAAAAAGCACUUCUAAAAUUCAAAGAACAAGGUAGAAGACUAAAUGUUUCGAAGAACCUCAUUAUUUAAGGUUCCCAAUAAAAUUCUUCCUGUGCUCUCAAAAUGCAGAUUAUAGGGCAGUAACAGCUUCCACCUGAGUUGCUCUGAAAUUACUUCAAUAGCACCAUAUCAGGAAUCAUUUAUGGAUAGCCAAGGAGGCACUCCGAUUUCACCCGACUUCAGGCACCCCGGUGGCGAUGCCCCUGUGUGCUCUUACAAGAAAGACUAAUGAAGGGAGCCUGUUGGUGUUAAAUUGUUUACAUUUCUUUAUAUAUAAAUAAUGUGCUUUCAGUGCCUUAGUUAUGGGUCCCUUUCUUUAUCUUAUUCUAAGAAUUCUACAACGUGUUUCUUAGGUCAAGUCUCUCUGCUACUCACCAGGAGGACCCUGUUCUCUGAACCUUGGUCACUGUGGUUGGUAAACACUUCUCUUUGUAACAGAGAAGACAGCUCAUUGCUGAGCCAGUGGAUCCUUGGAGUUAUUAUCUGUGCUGUAGAAGACAAAAAUGAUUUUGUCAUACGACAAGCUUCAGAUUAAAUACGGCCCUAAAGUUGUCUUGGACCUACCUUAAAUUUUUAUUUCAGAAUAGAAUCUUGGUUUGGGUAAUCCAUUUUUAAAAAGAUCCCUAUGUGGAGAAUACCAAGUUUUAAAAAUAACUCACAGAAUGGCCUUAGUUUUCAGUGUCUACUGCUAUGUAUGUGAGUUGUCUAUAAUACACAUCCAGAAUAAAGUGGAGUGAAUUGAGUUCA